AACUGUCCACCAAACUGAACAUGAUGUGCUGCUGUUUCAUAUUCUACCGUAUCUUACUGUUAUUUUAAGAUGUAAUUGCUGCAGUAGUUUGAAGGUUCAUUUUGUUUUAUUAUUAGAUUUCUUAAUGAGGAAGCAGUGAAAAUAUUCUAGAUUAUUGUAAGGCUUAAUAUUGCUAUUUAGAUUAUUGUCACCAUAGUGUGUUUAUGGACUCUUGACAAACGCAAGAUAGUAAAAGAUGCACAUGUAGAGAAUGCAUAUUCCAUUAAUCUGUCACUCCUCCGUGGUGUUAAUGGUGUAGAAGGAUUUGUUUUGCCCAUCACCAAAGGCCACAUUAUGACACAGUUUGGAAUCCUUAUCAUAAUGAAUCAUCAGAAUAUUAAAUAAAUGCCUCAAAAAAGAAUUGCAGGUCUAUAUCACUGAUUCUAAAUUAUGUUUUAUUAUUAUCAGGCUUACUGUAGAUAUUGGUGGAACCCCACAGUGGUUCCAGCAGCUAAUGCCUGAAGUCAUUCUCUGAGUAGACAGCAGAAUGUAUGGGGGCUGUUGUGGCCUGUCACCCACACAGGACCGGCCAGCAGAGCUCCCUGUUCGGUGUAUGUGUGUAUGUGUGUGUGUGUGUGUGUGUGUGUGUCCAUGCUCCCACAGUACAUCCCUGUCUGCAUAGAGACAGAUCUGAGGCUUCCCACUGUUUGUGCAAACGUAAGCACUGCAGACAUCAGAAUGGGAUUCCAGUGAGUCACAGUAAGCAGAAAUAUUAUUUAUUGUUGGUGGUUAUGAUGAAAGCCCAGUGCUGAUGAUGGCUACUCUCUGCAGGCUGAUGACAGGGUGAAGUUACAUUACUGCUACACAGUUACUAACAAUACUAACAAUACAGUAGAAUAAUCUGAAUAAGCCUUGUCCUACCUCAGAGGCUGGAUCCUUCACAAUGAAUGUUGCUUCUUCAAGGACCUGAAGGCUAGAUUCAAACUUGUGUUGUUUAGUCCAAUUGACACUGAUCAUAAAUUUACAGUAGUGGUGUUCAGCACCUGAACAAACAAAUCUUUAAAGGAUACGGCUGGUGAUAUUCUAUAUUUUUUGUGUGCAGACCCAAAAACCCAACAAUGUGUUAGUCUGUCUCUGCUCCAAGCCCAUUGGCUCCUACAGAAGACAUGAAUCUUUAAAAAGAGCUCACAAAUAUAUAGUUUCAUGUUUAUUCAUGCAGCCAUUUUCUCUGCUGGGCUCCUUUGCUUGGCUUCCUUUUGAUAUUUGUUGAUAUGACAUUAAUGAUGCAUUUCAUUUGUCCCUGACUUUGUCUUCACACCUAAACAGCAAAACCACAUUGUUUGUACAUAGAGAGAGAGGGCAGGAAGGGAUGGAAAAAAGAGAUUGUGGGAGGAAGACAGACACAUUUUCCUGCUGUUAAUGUACACUAAUGAUUAUACAGAUAAAAGGCAAUGUGGGUUAGUACAGUAAUUUAACAGUAAAGUGCAGCCACAGAGCAUCUAUUUCCACAUUACAUCAGCUGCAAACAACUCUAAACCAUACGGGAAAUGUUUCUGCUGCAGAUGCUCUUUUUCAGGAAGACUUUAAAUGGACAUUUGAACUGUGAUGGACACAGACCAGUGGACACCUAGGGUUACUUCCUGGUUAAAAGCUUACUGAAAGAGCAUGAAAGCCACAAAAACAAUCAUAUAAUUAACCCUAUUGUAGAUAUGUGACUGCUGCACUUAGAAUCAAAUGUUGAACUAAGACUGGAAAUGAGUUGAACUGGAAGAUUCUUAAAUUGACGUGAGGUGAUCAAUGUAGGGAAUGUAAAGUAAAUAAGAUCAGAAACUCACUGCUGCAGUGAUUACUCUGAGUUGAAGCUUUCAAACAUCAGUGAUAUCUCAGCAGAUAUUUCCCAUCAGGUGUCAAAGGCAAAACAUCUGCUGUACAACUACUGUAUAUGAUUCAGUGCUCAUUUACUCUGGAGGAUAAUAUAUGUUUACUCAUAACCUCUGUCAACAGACUACUCCAGCAAUACAACACUUCCAUAACUGGAACAUGAUUUCAUGUCUUGACUGGAUUCAAGUGCGACUGAGGCUGCAUGGCUGCGAACAAAGGAAAACUACAAAGAUGGCAGAAUAAAAGAUGCUUAUGCUUAGCCGUGCUAAUGCUAUGCUAUUGGCUAUGCCCAGUUAACAUUACCAAGUCCAUGGAGGGAGAGAGAUACUUUGACUUGCUGCUUUGUUGAGUCUGGCAUGAGCCAGGCUGAGAAGAGCUGUGACACCGAGGCUGAAAUGCAGGCUUUGCUGGGCAGUCAGUGAUCCAGUCCUAGGUCAGAGAGAAACUGGUCGCUCCAGUGCUAACUCAGCUUCACGGCUCAAGUUGCUUGUGGGGUCAGCUGGCAGACUUUGUGACAUAGCCGCCAGCGUUAAACUUGAAUCAAGCAGGCUCUGUGUCGCUGCCGUUAAGAAGAGAGAGUUCCAUGUGCCUGCCCUGAACAGGCCACACUCAGAGCAGAGAUAUACCAGCAACUCUCACCUGCACGACCCUGCAGUGAGGAGAGUCCAGGAGAAGACAGAGAGCAAAGAGCAGCGCUCAGGUUUUGUUGACCUGAUGACGUCAUGAGUGGAGUCACAGUUCUAGGAAGUGACUGUUUACACAAAAAAAGUUUACAGGGUCAAGCUUCAAAACCACUGGAUCCUAUAUUUUCGACAAUGCAACUCAGUAGCAUCUUUUAUUAGACCCUCCCUACUUGGCAGCCUGUCAAACUCCACAUUUCCAGCGUGUAACAGGUUCUGAUAACUGUCCCUGAUGACAUCACUGUAACAUCAUCCAGGUUACUUUCUCAGACUUGACAAAGCUCCUACAGAGCUACAAAAGACAUCAUGUAACUGUUCUCACAGGCUGAGGAACACUAACCAUCACUAGUAACCACUUUGAUUUGAAAUCUUUGAUUUAUGUAAUGAAUACUAAAUUAUUAAACAUAUUCUUAUUGUAAAAAAUUAAAAUUCAAAGAGCACAGACCUAUGUCGCUUCUUUAUUUUAAAUAGUAAAUGAUCUACUCUUGGUCUUAAGGAAACCACUCUGAACUGGAUGUGUACAACAGCCAGCUACUGUCUGUGGAUUUGUCCAAAAAUAAGAUCUAUCACUCUUUUAGCAAAUUACACUACUAUAAUAUAUGUCCAUGAUUGUUUAGAAUGACAAAUAGGAUGUACUGGAGGUCAGAAAAUCAGAAAAAAUCCUUUGAAAGUUGAAUCAAAGUGGUUGAGAAGCCAACCAUGAAGACUGAAAAUAACAAAGUGUUGAUUAUAAACCUACUAACCUUUAUUUCUGUCUUUGUUUCUGGUCUACUUUUUAAAACUCCUGGACCCAUGACUGCUGAUGUCCUGUGAAACACCGCAUCUGAAAUAAUGACAGAAUCAUACAGCGCGGGAGCAGCCAGAGAUAGACAGUCAGCUUCACACAGCAGCAGUAGAGUUCAAGCUGUUGCCAUGACAACAGACGAGGCAGAGAGUCACCAGAAGAAGCCGAGGCAGCAGGAGGAGGCCGGCCAGGACGCCCGGUCGCCCUCACCAGAGGAGGAGCAGCUCCGGCCUCGCAACCGCAACUCUGCUGGCCGCGGCCUCUCCCGCCUCUUCUCCUCCUUCCUGAAGAGACGCUCGCAGUGCGAGAGUGAGGCGGGAGAGAAGGAGGAGAAGGAAGAAGAAGAAGCUAAAGCUCCCAUUGCUGACCCUGAACCUGAACUGAGGACAGAGGGAGAGGUCGCCCUGGACCAGCACUCAGUCAGCAGUGCUGAGGCUCAGGUAGAGAAGAAAGACGUUGAGGAGGAGGGGGAGGGUGGAAAGGACAAAGAGACCGACAAGGAGAAAACAGAGGAGGCUACCCUGGAUAAAGAGGAGGACAAGGAGAAGGAGAAGGAGGAGGAGGAGAAGGAGUGUGGUCAGGGAGAAGGAAGCAGUAAGGGAGAGAAGGAAGAGAAGACGACAGAGGAGGAGGCCAAAGCUCCCAGGGCUCCACGUCGACCCAAGACCAUGCAGAUCAAAGUCACCCUGCUGGACGACACUCUGUAUGAGUGUGAGCUGGAUAAACAUGCCAAAGGCCAGGAGCUGUUCAUGAAGGUGUGUGACCACCUCAACCUGCUGGAGAAAGACUACUAUGGCCUGGUCAUCUGGGAGACGCCAACCAUGAAGAUUUGGAUGGACCUGGCCAAGGAGAUUCGCAGGCAGGUACAAGGUGCCAACUAUAACUUCACCUUCAAUGUGAAAUUCUAUCCACCGGACCCAGCCCAGCUGUCUGAGGACAUAACAAGGUACUACCUGUGUCUGCAGCUGCGUAAGGACAUCCUGCAAGGCCGGCUGCCGUGUUCCUUCGUCACCCUGGCCUUGCUGGGCUCCUACGCCCUGCAGUCAGAGCUGGGCGAGUAUGACCCCGAGGUGCAUGGCAACGAAUAUGCUAAACAAAUGAAGAUGGCCCAGGGUCAGACUAAGGAACUGGAGGACAAGAUGAUGGAGCUGCACCGCACAUACAGGUCGAUGAGUCCAGCCCAAGCCGACCUGAUGUUCCUGGAGAACGCCAAGAAGCUCUCCAUGUAUGGAGUGGAUCUCCACCAGGCCAAGGAUCUGGAUGGCGUUGACAUCAUGCUGGGGGUUUGCUCCAGUGGUCUGAUGGUUUAUAAAGACAAACUGAGGAUCAACCGAUUCCCCUGGCCCAAAGUCCUCAAGGUCUCAUACAAACGCAGCAGCUUCUUCAUCAAAAUAAGACCAUCUGAGGUGGAGCAGUAUGAGAGCGCUAUUGGUUUCAAAUUACCCAAUUACAAGGCAGCCAAGAAGCUGUGGAAAGUGUGUGUGGAACAUCAUACCUUCUUCAGGCUGACCUCCACUGAGAUGGCCACCACUCCCAGGAAGUUCCUGGCGUUGGGCUCUAAGUUUCGCUACAGCGGUAGGACUCAGGCUCAGACCAGGCAGGCCAGCUCGCUGAUCGACAGACCAGCUCCUCUGUUCCAGCGCUCCUCCAGCAAGAGGAACUCACACAGCCUGGAUGGAGCCAUGGCGUCCACCCCUGACAACAAAUCUACUCGUCCGGUCAGCGCCCCAGUCAUGUCGCCGGUGUCUCCCGGGGAGGCAACCCCGUCCCCGCUGCUACCUAACCUGCCACGCACUGACUGCCAUGAUGGCUACACACCUAGGGGUCGCCGCUCAGCAGACAGGAAGGCAGAGGUAAAGGCGGCGAGUCGGUCAGCAGAGUCCACCAAGAGCCACAGCCCCAAACCAGAGUCCACUCCAGAAAUCAAGACAAUGGCCAGGAGAGAGCGGAGGCAUUCCCCCUCUGUGACUACUGCCAAUGGGGAAAGAGAGAAAAAGAGCCAGCACUCUCCUCAGGACAAAACAAAGAUGGAGAUGGUGCGAGUGAGGAAGAAAAGAGCUAAGAAACUUGAGGGUGAAACUAUUUAUAUCAGACAUAGCAAUUUAAUGUUGGAGGAUGUGGAUAAGACCCAGACUGAGAUCAUGCGUCACCACACUAGCAUCAGUGAGCUGAAGAGGAGUUUCAUGGAGUCUGUACCGGAGCCUCGGCCCAGUGAGUGGGACAAGCGUCUUUCCACCAACUCACCUUUCCGUACAGCGAGCAUCAAUGGCCAGCUGCAACCAGCGUCUCCUGUGCUGAAGACCCAGACAAUCACCAUCUCAGAUGUCACCAACUCCCUGAGAGGAACUGUGGCCUACAAGGACAUCCCCCUGGUUCACACUGAGACCAAGACCAUCACAUACGAGUCAGCACAGGUGUCUCUCCCACAGCCGGUGGACAGCCUGGCAGAGAGGGACUCAGGAGUGCUGCUGAGUGCCCAAACCAUCACCUCCGAGACCAUCAGCACCACCACCACCACCCAGAUCACCAAGACGGUGAAAGGAGGAAUCUCUGAGACUCGCAUUGAGAAGAGGAUCGUCAUAACUGGAGACACUGAAAUUGAUCAUGACAAGGCUUUGGCUCAGGCCAUUAAAGAGGCAAAAGAGCAGCACCCAGAUAUGUCUGUCACCAAAGUGGUUGUGCACCAGGAAACGGAGAUCUCCCCAGAGUAAGAUAGAGUGAUCCUUUGGAAGCUGUCACCGCCCUCCCUCCUCACUUGUGUCUCCAUCACACCAUUUUACCUCAGCGCCCCCAGCCAUCACACCCAAUUGCACUGCCUUCGACAUGAACCACCAGUCGGAACAAUAAGUGAACAUCAGAGGGAACAAACUUCAACGUUGAACUAUGAACUUUAACCUCCAUGAGUGUGGAGUUCGGCCUGAAGGAGAUGGAGUCAGCAGAAAAAUUCCCAAGAACCCUCCCAGUAUUCCCCACAAUCCCCCUCUUGUUCCACGAACUGCCAAAAGAUCAACCACUGGACUGAUGAAAAAACAUCUUUUUUUAAGAGAAAGAAGAAAGUAAAGUACAGCAUUUGUGGAUUUAUUGCUCUCCAAUUUGUCUGGAGAUUUUAAGAAAAUUUUCAAGGGCAUUUGGUCUUUUAAUCUUGAGAUUACUGGUACUUUAUUUUUCUACAGCUUUUCUUACCAUCAGAAUUGGUUAUCAAUAACUUGGAGGUCAAGUGUUUUUUUAACAAUGUGUUCCAAACAGCAUUAACAAAGGGAUUGUGGGUGAUUUUUCUUGGGAUUGUACACAUCAGGACUCAAGGAUCCCUCUCAAAUUUUUGCGCUUGACAGAGUUUGGUGUCAUUUCUUGUAUAGUAAAUAUUUUAUUUUCCCUCUCAAUGUGAAAAAAUAUUUUUUCAAUUAAUGUGUGAAAAUGAUUGAUUUUUGUCAAACCAGGGGGGCAAUUACUUCUUUCACCUUAUUUAAGACUUAAUCAUUUGUUAAGUGAUCUUUUGAUUGUUUUAGUUGUUCUUGUUGUUGUGCUUGUAGUGCUUGUUGUCACUAGAAUGGGGCUUUAUCAGGACCAAGGAGACAGCAGUGUACUGACCUUUUCUUUAUUUAUUCCCACCUUUGUCUUCUCUUUAUGUGUUUUGCGUUUUAGAUCCUCUCAGCGCAGAUGUAUGUAGCUUCAUGGUUUUGUAUUAAGAGCAUUCCAGAUACAGUUUUAGUCAUUUCUACUGAGCAUGGCAGGAGCAACUGUUGUUUCACAUUUCUACUUUUCUACCAAAUGGGCAGUGUGUACUCAUCCAGAGACAAUUCCAAUGACAGUAUACUCAAACAUGACAGCGGUCGAUUAGAGCUAAAAGUUGACAUUUUGCUUGAUUGGUAUUGCAGUCGAAGAGAUGAUAACAGGAUGAUAAUUGUCUCAUUAAACUGAAAUGCUAUUCUUUACAUCUCCUCACUCUACCAGAGCCUUUACAUGCAUGCUUGUAAUUUGAUUAUAACCUGAUUAAGGCAAUAUUCCAAUUAUUGCAACUAUCACAUCAACACAUAAACAAGGUUAUCUGGUUAAUGUGGUUAAUUAUACCCAUUAAUUACACCCGUUUCUAACAUACAGGGAGUGAGUGAACUUGAGGUGUCUACACAAAGGAUAAUUCUACUCACAAUAUAGGUUUUGUUUUUGAAGUUUUGUCCAUCAGUUCUAUUGAUUAUAAUAACAUUAUACUCAACAAAAUAAUUGCUGGGAUCUAGGAACAUGGCAACAUCAAUACAACAAAGUAACAGAGAAAGAAACACAAACAAAUCAAACCCACUGGAAAUUGGAACCCAACUGUUUAUCCAGAUGUUCCUAACCAGGGGGUCAGGACCACUACAUAUAUAGUUUUGUAAGGGUAAUAAGAAUAAGAGAUAAUGAUUCGAUAUCUGACCAUGUUAUUGACCCAAUAAAAUGCUUUCUAAUAAUAUCUCUCAAAAUACAGUAUACCUUAAAUGACGAAACAUUAUGCCAGUAAAGUGGCGCUUAUGUUUCCUAGCAAACACAAAUGAAUAACUUAAGUCUUCACAGGUUAAGAUAAUCCUGAAGUUCUAAUGGUUCAACCUGAUAUACUAAAUCACUAUUACUAUCUAGUAGUGACACACAAACACCACAAAAAUAAGACCAAAUCUGUAAUAAACCUCAAUUAUCCUUUCACAGCCUGUCCUGAUAUACACUAUUCAUUACAGUCUAAGGAGGCACCUUUCCCUCUGAAAAUGGGUGAUGGUCAUUUUACAUCAAAUAGUCCAAGCUGGAACUAAACUCAGGAAUUAUCUCAGAACUCAAAGUUCAUUUUCACUCACAGACACUUGCUGUCAGUGUGGAUGCUAUUAGGACUGUGUGACACAGAGUAAACAUAAAUUAGGAAUGUGCUACAGUAUGUCUUUCGGAAAUAAGCCUGAUCAUAUGAACAGAGGUUAGUAGGUUAGUGGUUUUAGUUGCUGUAGUUAUUUAUUUAAACAGACAGUCCCAAGAUCAAGAUUCCUCUGUUCAAGUGUGUUCAAGAAAAAUAUAUUAGUACAAGUACAAAAGCCUACACAAACAUAACUCAAAUACAAUUUACACACACAAUUGACAAUUAGUUCCACAUUAAAGAGAACAGGUGCAAGUAGUAUUCAGACUACUUGAAUAACAUAUUUUGUCUUCAAGUGAAAUAAAAGAUUUUAAUGUGUCAAAUUCAAACUGUUGGGAGUAUGGUUUUUAAAACCAGUAAAGACAUGAGUUGUAUCAUCACAGUUCUCAGCAUAAAAAUGUACAUUGAAAUGUGGAGUAGCAGGGAUAUAAUUUGUGUACAUAGUGACUAGAAGAGGACCCAGAAUAGAUCCCUGCGGGACACUUAUUGGAGCUACUGCUUUAGUUCUUCCUGAGAGGUGGUAAUAAAACCAAUUUACGGACCAUUCACCUAAACCUAAAAAGGUUGUUUUCAGUCAAAUGUCAUGGUCUGCCAUGUCAAAUGCUUUUGAUAGGUAAAUAAAAAGUGCAGCACAAUGUUGAUUGUCCAGGGCACUUGUAAUAUCCUUUAUUACAAGUACUGUGGUUGGCAUACCAUGGUAAUCCUUCAUUUAAACUAUUAUCUUAACCUGCAUAUUCUCAUAAUUGACUUAUUAUGUGCAUGCAAAUACACUGCAACAUGACAUUGUUAAUAUUAUAAUAACAUAUAAGUCAAGGAGACUGACGUCAACCUUCUCCUGGGUACACACUGUCUAUUCAAAACAUAUUUAGUAUGGCACACGUAGUUUAUGUUUUGUCAAUUUUCAAACAUAAUGCUUUUUUGGUACACCAUAUUCUGUACAGUUCUCCAACAUGUUGUAGUUCUUUCACAGUGUCAUUGUGGCACUCCCUUUUCUUGUUUGAAACAAGCAAACCAACAUUUCUAAGUUCUUUCUUAAUUGUGAACCCUCACUUUACCAUCACAGGAAGACAACAUGUAAUAAAAGAGCACCAUGCACAGAAUAAAAACGUAGACUUUGUAUUUUA